GUGGUUCCCUGUAAGACGUUGUGCAUAUCAACGGCAUUUUUGGAAAAGCAAAAGAAGCGAAGCGAGAAAGGAAAUUAAAUUUUUCUUACUUAACGGAAUAUACUAAUAUAUAAUCCGAAAAACGCCUACGCAGUUACAUUUUAACGCUUGAAAAAGUUAUAAAAAAUAAUCUCAAAUUAACAAAAUGAAUAAGUUUUUGUUUGUGUUUGUUGCACUUUUUGGAGCCGCCGCUGCUCAAGAUAGCUUCAAGUGUCCCGAUGAUUUUGGAUUCUACCCACACGAUCUGUCGUGCGACAAGUACUGGAAGUGUGACAAUAAUGUUGCGGAAUUGAAGACAUGCGGUAAUGGUCUCGCCUUCGAUUCUUCAGACCCGAAAUUCCUGACGGAGAACUGUGAUUACUUGCACAAUGUGGAUUGUGGCGAUCGCACACAAUUGGAACCUCCAAUUUCUACACCACACUGUUCUCGCCUCUACGGCAUCUUCCCCGAUGAGAACAAAUGCGAUGUCUUCUGGAACUGUUGGAACGGUGAACCAUCCAGAUACCAAUGCUCGCCCGGUCUUGCUUACGAUCGUGAUGCUCGUGUGUGCAUGUGGGCCGAUCAGGUGCCAGAGUGCAAAAACGAAGAAGUCGCCAAUGGUUUCAGCUGUCCUGCCGCCGGUGAACUUGCCAACGCUGGUUCCUUCUCGAGACACGCUCACCCUGAAGACUGCCGCAAAUACUACAUCUGCUUGGAGGGUGUUGCCCGUGAAUAUGGUUGCCCAAUUGGCACAGUCUUCAAGAUUGGCGAUUCUGAUGGUACUGGCAAUUGCGAAGAUCCAGAAGAUGUUCCCGGAUGCGAGGAUUACUAUGGUGAUGUAGAUCUUAAGGCUCUAAAAAAAUUGGGCUAUUAAAAGAGCUCAAAUGAAAGUAGCUGAGGCAAAGUGUGUGCUGAGGGAAAGGCAAAUGGCAAAAUAAAAAAAGAAUGCCAAAAUAUAAAUUUGCAAAAAGGCGGACUUAACGGAUGCAAAGAAAGGGAGGAUGACGCAACCGCAGAAAGCAUAAAACAACCUUUGAGAAUGCAGUGCAAAUUAACAAAUACAAACACAAAUUGUAAUAGAUAAAAGGACAUACACGCAUAUACACACACACUUUGAAAUCAGCACAAAUUUGCUCGACUUUUUAAGACUGAGCUAGUAAGAGCAGCAGCAAAAAAAAAAAAAAAAUAGAAAAUCUCUACUAAGAAAAAGGAAGAAAGAAAAAUUAAAAAUUAAAUUCUCGGCACUAUACAGUUUUGUGAAGGUCAACGCAAUCAGAGUGGCGUUGAAAUUGACGCUGCUAACCAAAUUCCAAGAGACAAAUUGCUAUAACUGAGUUUGCCACAACUACAAACAAUUGUCCUUCUUAUAUAUACCAAAUACCAACAUACACACAUACUCAAACAGCUCAACACAAUUGCACAAAUUAAAGUGCAAAUUAUUAUAUAUAUCUAUGCAUUUAUCUAAAUACUUGUAAGUAUGUACAUAUCUACAGUGUUGAAUUAUUUCGCAAUAGCCGAUCACACUUAAUUUGUCAUUAUCCAAAGCCACCCACAGCUUUCCGAUAUUUAUGGCAAAUACUUUGAUAGCAGCAUGUUAAUUUAUUAAUUAAACCGCACCCUAUUUGUAAAUACUCACGCACACACGUGCAUAUGCACAUGUAUAACAAAUAUGAGCUAAUAUAACCUGUAAAUACACGCAAGUCAAAUUCUAAUGGAUGUUCAAAUACACUAAUUUUGUAAGCUGAUCUAUGUGAGAAUACACCCACAUAUAUAAAUACAUACAAACAUACAAAUAAUCGCAAAUAGGCGUUACCAUGUCACAAUAUAUACUGUAAAUACACACACACAUAGGUGUUGAUAAAUGGCAGGAUCAGAGCGACAGAGUCAUUGUAUGUAAUUUAGUAUUUGUAUUUAAGGUAUGAAAACCGUUAAUAAAAUUUGAUUUAAGAAA